AUGGCAUGUGUGAACCGUGCCACGCUGGAGCAUGAGAGCUAUGCCACGCUCCUGCAUGUGCUUGUUUUCAGCACCUGGCUCAAGGCUGCUUUCCAUAAACAAGCGCCCACGCAGGUGCCCGUGUCCCUGCAGCCCACGCCCGGCCCCGGCGAGCGGCAGUCGGAGCUGCUGCCGCCCGGCUGGCAGGCCGACCCGGAGCUCUACACGCUGCGCUACGAGUCCACGGCCGGCCGCCGCGGGCUGCUGCUCAAGGCGGUCGUGGUGGAGGACAGCAUGAUCCUCAACGUCAUGGAUCGCAGCUCUCAGAAAGUGGCAGAUGUGACCUUGACGGUGGCCGACUACAUCAACCCAGAGCACCUGGAUGAUUUCCACAAAGUGUACAAGAACACCGAGGAGCUCCGCGCCAGGAUCGCUUCGGGCAUCAUCGCUCCCCUCGGGCCCCCCGCAGAAAAGGCCAAAGAGGAUCCGCAGGCUGAGAAGGCCCCUGCCUUCCCCCGGGACCACGACCCGCUCCGGGUGCCUCCCCGGCAGCCGGCGGGCGCCAGGGAGCCUCCCUGGCCUUCUCCCUCGGGCCCCUUCGCUGUCGGUGGGCAAGACCUGGAUCCCCUGCGCGGUCAGGGUGGAGGGAUGAUCGUCGAUCCGCUCCGGUCGGGAUUCCCGCGGCCUGGCCUGGACCCGUCCUCAGGCCUCCCAAGCCGGCUGCCCCCCGGAGCGGUUCCGCCCGGCGCCAGAUUCGACCCCUUUGGUCCUUUAGGGGCCAACACAGCCGGGCCAAAUCCGGACCACCUUCCCCCUCCGGGCUAUGAGGACAUGUUCAUGUGAGGACUCCGC